UUUUGUUCUGAUCUACCAUCUCAAUUACGUCCUAUUCCAGCACGCUUUCCCUACUGUACCUAUGUCUGAACGUAAUAUCUUUGCUCGUACACGGAGUUUCCUUCCAAGGACACUUUCAAUUGGAUCAAAUAAGGAUGUUGCAACCACUGUCGCUCCUACAGCCCCUAUCAGGAAUGAGACCAAUAUAGACAUGUCAGGUCAACAGCAACCAAUGACAUCGGUGUCAUCCAGUCAGCCACUUAAUUCUCAGUCGUUCGCUCCUUUAGCGCAUGAGAAGGAAAAUGUGCCUGUCACUCCAGGCACUUUGACUGAUUCAACUCCUUCUGGCCAAGCAAUACCCAAUGAGUCCUCUAGAGCACCUCCUUCUCCAGCGAUUGAAAGACUGCUAAGCAUGAAGUAGAUCGCAACUAAUUCUUUGAACACACGUUCUCUAUUUGUACUUAAUGAUAUCUUUAUAUAGUGCAUAUGAUUGCACGCGUCGCAAAACUUUUGUACAAUUAAAACAUUACACUUAGUUAAACAACCAUCUAUCUCUCAUACUCUCUCUCAAACUCUAAAGUUGUUUGCUCCCGCCCAGAACCUCCUUGUAAGGUCCAUGAUCCGCUCUCGAUUUGGAACGUUAUCUAACGU